GGGGUGCGCGCUGCGGAGGGUGGCCGGACUGGGGGCCGCGGGGUCCGUGCGCCUCGGCCCGGCCGGGCGGGAAGGUGGCGACAGACAAGGUUGCAGGCAAGCUGAGCUCUACUCUCUCAUGGGUGAAGAACACUGUAUCGCACACCGUCAGUCAGAUGGCCAGUCAGGUGGCAAGUCCAUCUGCCUCCUUACACACUACAUCCUCCUCUACCACUUUGUCUACACCUGCAUUAUCACCAUCCUCGCCAGCACAGCUGAGUCCAGACGACCUAGAAUUACUGGCUAAACUUGAGGAGCAGAACAGGCUCCUAGAAACAGAUAGCAAAUCCUUGCGAUCAGUAAAUGGGUCAAGAAGAAAUAGUGGAUCUUCUCUUGUAUCUAGUUCAUCAGCUUCUAGCAAUCUCAGCCAUCUUGAAGAAGACUCGUGGAUCCUGUGGGGGAGAAUUGUGAAUGAAUGGGAAGAUGUACGGAAAAAGAAAGAAAAGCAAGUUAAGGAGCUUGUUCGAAAAGGGAUACCUCAUCAUUUCAGAGCAAUUGUCUGGCAGCUUCUGUGUAGUGCUCAAAGCAUGCCAAUAAAGGAUCAGUAUUCAGAGCUUUUGAAAAUGACAUCUCCUUGUGAGAAACUAAUAAGAAGGGACAUUGCUAGAACGUAUCCAGAGCAUGAUUUCUUUAAAGAGAAAGACAGCCUUGGGCAGGAGGUUUUAUUUAAUGUAAUGAAGGCUUAUUCUUUGGUGGAUCGUGAAGUUGGAUACUGUCAAGGAAGUGCUUUUAUUGUUGGAUUACUACUUAUGCAGAUGCCAGAAGAAGAAGCAUUUUGUGUGUUUGUUAAAUUAAUGCAAGAUUACAGACUACGAGAACUCUUCAAACCAAGCAUGGCUGAACUGGGCCUUUGUAUGUACCAGUUUGAGUGCAUGAUACAGGAGCAUCUUCCAGAACUUUAUGUGCACUUUCAGUCUCAGAGUUUCCACACUUCUAUGUAUGCAUCAUCGUGGUUUUUAACUAUAUUUCUUACAACUUUUCCACUACCAAUUGCAACAAGAAUAUUUGAUAUCUUUAUGUCUGAGGGUUUAGAGAUAGUAUUUCGAGUAGGUUUAGCACUACUUCAGACAAACCAAGCAGAAUUACUGCAACUUGACAUGGAAGGGAUGUUACAGCACUUUCAAAAGGUCAUUCCACAUCAGUUUGACAGUGGUCCAGACAAAUUAAUCCAAGCAUCUUACCAAGUCAAAUACAAUGCAAAAAAGAUGAAAAAGUUAGAAAAGGAAUACACUACAAUAAAAACAAAAGAAAUGGAAGAACAAGUUGAAAUUAAAAGGUUGCGAACUGAAAAUAGGCUCCUAAAACAGCGCAUUGAAACGUUAGAAAAAGAAAGUGCUUCCUUGGCAGAUAGAUUGAUACAGGGACAAGUGACAAGGGCCCAGGAGGCUGAGGAAAACUACCUCAUAAAACGGGAGCUGGCCACCAUCAAACAGCAGAGUGAUGAGGCCAAUACUAAACUGGAGCAAGCUGAGAGUACCAUCAGGGAGCUCCAGCAGCAGCAGCAAUGGCGUAAAUGCAGUUCACGAUACAGUGAAGACUUUGUGCUACAGCUGGAAAAAGAGCUGGUCCAAGCCAGGCUGAGUGAAGCAGAAUCCCAUUGUGCCCUGAAGGAGAUGCAAGAUAAAGUUCUAGAGAUGGAAAAGGUAAACCAAGCCCAGGAUCUUCAAUAUAAAAUAGCACUAAAGAUGGAAUGCAGGUCCCUGUAGUUCUUUGUGUAUCUG